UAAUCCCAAUAAAUGACGCGAAAAAUGCUGCAAAAGUAUAAAGCAGCGGGCCAGCUGUUUCAAGCAUACGCUGAAGUCACCUGAUCUUUUCUUCCCUUUCCUGAUAGAAAUUCUUGUUCUUUUUGCUUUGCGAACAGAGCAAUGGAUAUCCGAAACUGUUGUCGGAAUAGAAGAAUUUUAUACGCUUUUAUCAUUUUGAUAAUAGCUGCAUGUGCAAUAGCGCUUAUAGUGUGGCUAGCUAAAGGAAAAAACAAACCAGAACCAACCUCCACAUGUCCUAAGAUAUCGGAUGUUGAGCGAUUCGAUUGUCACCCUAAUCGUCCGAUCAGUGAAAAUGAAUGUAUCAAACGGGGAUGCUGCUACAUCCCUGCUACAGAUCAAAACGUUUCUGAUUGGGAUUUAAUUAAUUCUUCUUAUCUCGGGAUACCAUCUUGCUUUUUUCCAGAAAAUUAUAAAGGUUAUAAAAUUAGUAACAUUGUAGAAAAAGAUGAUGGCUUUGAAGCAGAUUUAAAUCGGAAUAUUCCAUCUGGUUUCCCAGAUGAUAUUAAUAAAGUGCAUUUGAUGAUUGAUUUUAUUGAUGAUUACAGUUUGAGAAUAAAAAUUAAGGAUAAAACUUCUCAGCGUUUUGAGCCACCAGUACCCCUGAGUAUCAAAGGAAAGAAAACUGAGAAUGGGACGACUUACAAUGUAAAGUUAGAUUCUGAUGGGCUUUUAUCCAUUGAAAGAAAGAAAAAUAGAGUUUUAGUAUUUAAAACCCAGCUGUCCCAGUUAAUCUUCAGCAAUCAGUUUCUGCAAUUAUCGUCAUAUGUUUCUUCAUCUUAUUUAUAUGGAUUAGGGGAACACAAAGAAGGAAUAUUAAAGUCAUUUAAUUGGACUCGUUUGACUAUUUUCAAUCAAGGAGAUCUACCUGUGCCACACAGAAAUCUGUAUGGAAGUCAUCCUUUUUAUUUGCUUAUGGAGCCUGAAGGGGAUGCUAAUGGCGUUUUUCUUCUAAACAGUAAUGCUAUAGAUGUUGUGCUUCAGCCAGCACCAGCUGUAACAUUUCGGGCCAUUGGCGGGAUUUUUGACUUUUUCAUACUGCUUGGGCCAACACCAUCAGAAGUCAUAAGGCAAUAUACUGGUAUUGUUGGACGGUCUUUUAUGCCACCAUACUGGAGCCUUGGUUUUCAUAUAUGCAAAUAUGGAUAUUUUUCUUUGAACAAAACUCGAGAAACAUUGGAACACAAUUUGGAUGAAGGGGUUCCAAUAGAUGUUCAAUGGCAUGAUAUUGAUUAUAUGAAAAGGUAUUUAGACUUCACAUAUGAUCCAAAGAAUUUUUCAGGCCUGCCUGAAUUUGUGGAUAAGCUUCAUGAAGAUGGAAGACAUUAUGUAGCUAUGAUUUCACCUGGUGUAUCUAACUCAGAACCACCGGAUACUUACUCUGCUUAUGAUCAGGGUGCUAAGUUAGACCUUUUUGUGAAAGAUAUUAAUGGCAAAUAUAUUGAAGCUAAGGUUUGGAAUGUAAAUAUGACAGUUUUUCCUGAUUUCAGUAAUCCAGCUACAGCACAGUAUUGGCAAGAUCAUUUGAAAAGUUUUCAUGAUGAACUCAAAUUUGAUGGUAUCUGGCUUGAUAUGAAUGAACCUUUGAACUUUAAAAAUGGAACCAUUAAUGGCUGUCCAGAAUCCUUAUUAGACGAUCCACCAUAUGUGCCUGGUAGACCCUAUCCAUUACGAACUUUGACUAUAUGUAUGACAGCAAAACAUUACUCUACUGAUCAUUAUAAUGAGCACAAUUUGGUGGCUUUUCGGGAAGCUGCUGCAACAUACAAUGCUCUUAAAGAUAUCAGGAAAAAAAGACCUUUCAUAAUUUCUCGUGCAACAUUUGCUGGACAAGAAGUGCAUAGUGGUCAUUGGAGUGGAGAUAUAACAUCUAAUUGGGAAGAUAUGCGGUAUACUAUACCUUCAAUGCUGAUAUUUAACCUUUAUGGGAUGUCUAUGAUUGGAUCAGAUAUUUGUGGGUUUCGUCUCAACACUACAGAAGAACUCUGUGCUCGUUGGCAUGCACUUGGAGCCUUUUACCCAUUUUCCAGGAACCAUAAUGAUUUUGAUACAAUUGAGCAAGAUCCAGCUGCAAUGGGUGAAACAGUCUUAAAAACUGCUAAAGAUUCAUUACGUAUUCGAUAUUAUUUACUGCCAUAUUUAUAUACACUUUUCUACCAAAGUCAUAUUUUUGGAGAUACUGUAAUCCGUCCUUUGUUUUUUGAAUUUCCAGAUGACAAGAAAACAUAUGCUAUAGAUGACCAGUUUCUUUGGGGAUCAGCUUUGCUUAUAUUGCCUGCCCUAUAUCCGAACGUUACCAAAAUUGAACCUUAUUUUCCAAGAGGCAUAUGGUAUGAUUUUUCUACUGGGGAAAAAUAUGAUAGUAAAGGAUCAACUUUUACUUUGGAUGCCGCAAUAACAAGUAUAAAUUUAGUUGUUAGAGGUGGCCAUAUCUUACCUUUGCAAGAGCCUAGUGAAACUACAACAGCAAGAUAAUGAAGAAGAUGGCAAAGCAAGACACGUGGGUUACUCAGGCAACAGCAAGCACGAAAAAGCAAUAUGUAUUCAUUUCGAUCCUGUUUAUAAUGGGAAAGUCAUUGUGUUAGUUGUGAGCAGUGAUUAGACUACAGAUGUCAUAGUGCAGAGAAAUUUUAAGGAAAAAUGUUGUGUAACAUGCAACAGAAUGACACAGUAAAGAAUAUCCUUUCAAAUAGAGAUGUGUUUUACUAAAAUUUGUGAAUCUGAAGAUCUCUUGCCAAAUGAUUUCAAUUAAGUUUAAUAAUUUUAUUUCAUAUUUUAUAUUUUAGGAAUAUGUAAAAGGUAAAGUAUAAUUUAAAUUAGCAAUAGCUCUUUAAUGUUUAAUUUGGUA